UGUAUGUAUAUCUAUAUUCUGAAAAUAUUUACUCAAAUAACUGUUCAUUUGUCGUUCAUGUGUUCACAACUCGUCGUCUGGACACGUUCAGAGCGAUGGCCAGUCCUGCGUACAUCGCAUUAACAGAAGAAGAUCCAAUCAUGGCGGCCUUCAGUCUCUCCCAGAAAUUCCGCAGUUUGUCUGAAAUCGAGGGCGAAUAUAAGCAAGUGUACCAGGAACUUGACCACCAAGUGCAGAACUUCACCAUAGCCCUGCUGGACCAGUGCCAGAGCUCGGACGAGGUGAAGACCGUUCUGAGCGGCAAACCCAAGAUCAAACACGAUAACGGCAUCGAUGAGACUGACGAAAGCAGCAGCGACAUCCUUCCCAUGGUGCACAUGGCCCUUCGCAUGGAGCAGAAAAAGUUUGUUGCACAUCCUCAGUGUCAAGCCCAGAUAGGGGAGCUGUGGUUUAGUGGUGUACCCUUUCUCAGGUACCUCAAUCGCUUCCUGUACCUGACCCUAGCUGUCCCGGUGGGGAUGGUGGUGUGUCCCUUGUUUUCAUUCAUCUACCUUGUAGCACCCUGGAGCAAGGUUGGUAAAGUCGUCAACACACCGCUGAUGAAGUUCCUGAGUUACACCUGCUCGUACCUGACUUUUCUGGUCUUGAUUAUUACCUCCAAGUUGUACCUGAGGUUCGCCUUCAACUUUCUUGUGUGUGACAAGCCACCCGACUACGCCUACGCCAUCAUAACCAUCAUUCUGUUGUGGAUUGUUGGUCUCAUCUGGGAGGAGGUGAAGCAGAUCUGGCAGGCCGGGGCCGUGGACUACUUCAGCUCACUGUGGAACGUCAUCGACUCCAUCAUGCUCAGCCUCCUCCUCGCCUCGUUCGUCCUCGAGCUCGUCACGCCGCUGCGUAUCAACAGAAUCAUCAGGGAUCCAGUGAGAGUGAAGGUGUUCAACAUCACCAGCAACCAGUACGACACCACCUUUCUGCCACUGUGCACCACCAUCACCAGGGAGGCUUCAUCUGAUGUCGGGUACUGCCCCAGAAAAACCUACACCCGCGUCUCUGAGAUUGUGUGGACACCCACCUGGGUACCGGAUCCAGAACUGCUGUCGGACAUCCUCUUCACGCUGGGGACCAUCAUGAGCAUCGGCCGCUUCUCCUUCAUCAUGCCUGCCAACGAGGCGCUGGGAACCAUGCUGGUGUCCUUCAAGCGAACCAUCGCCGACCUGCUCAAGAUCACGGGUAUGUUCCUCCUCGUGCUCUUCGCCUUCGCCUGUGGCAUCGCCACCCUGUACGCGCCCAACAAAUGCCUCACCGACAAGUUCGGCAGCUUCACCAACACGCUGUCCACGCUCACGUGGUCAGUGUUUGGCAUGGGCAGCGUGGAAGCUCCGUCUCUCAACGGCAACGGCUCCGUGGACUCGCUGACCAACAACCCGACCCGGUCCUCCGGGGUGGCCACGGUGGGACACUACCUAUACGGGGUGUAUGUCUUCGCCUCCAUGAUCGUCCUCCUCAACCUUCUGAUUGCGGUCAUGUCGAAUACCUUCAACGAAGUACAGGUCAGGGUGGUACCGGCGCCUUGCUGAUAGUCUCUUGGUCCGAACUUCUUCAAACAUGACUCCUUCCACUCAUCUUCAUAUUCUUGCUCCAUCUUUCUUUUAAACAGUCAACUCUGUUUUUUUUUUUUUUUUUUUUUUUUUUUUU